CCCCCGGAGAUUCGCGGAGGCAAAAAAAGACGCAUUAAAAUCUCGCCUCCGCCAUUCCUCCCUCCCAUAUCCGCUCCCCCCAAACCCCAAUCUCCGAGCACGCACGCACGCAAGCGAGCCCAGCGCUUCCGCUCCGCACCGCCACGCACCAAACCCUAACCCUAGGUCGGCCAUGGCCGGCGACGGGAUCGACGCCGCCUUCGAGGACGAGGUGGAGCCGACGGUCACCAUCGGCGAGUACCUGGACGGCAUCGAGGCCGAGGAGCUGGAGGCGGAUUUGGUGCUGGGCGGGGACGACGGCAACGAGUGCACCUACGGCGCCGGCUACCUCAAGCGCCAGGCCGUCUUCUCCUGCCUCACCUGCGUGCCCGACGGCGUCGCCGGGGUCUGCACCGCCUGCUGCCUCGCCUGCCACGACGGUCAUGAGGUUGUUGAACUUUGGACGAAGCGAAAUUUUCGUUGUGACUGUGGCAACUCAAAGUUUGGAGGUCACCUCUGCAAACUUAGCCCUGAGAAAGAUCCUGAAAAUCCAGCAAAUUCUUAUAAUCAGAACUUCAAGGGUUCCUACUGCACAUGCAGUAGGCCCUAUCCUGAUCCAGAAGCCAAGGAGCAAGUUGAAAUGAUUCAGUGCUGUAUUUGUGAGGACUGGUUUCAUGAAGAUCAUAUUGGGCUUGACUCUUUGGAGAAGAUACCAAAAGAUGAGGAAGGGGAGCCACUGUAUGAAGAAUUCAUAUGCCAUCAAUGUUCGCCUGUUUGUUAUUUCUUGAAACUCUAUCCUGAUAUGAUCUGGGCUUCUAGUAACCAGUCUGUGUCAGAAGCUGUUACUGCUGAUUCAAAUGGUAUGGAAGGAGGUUCUUCAGGUCAUGUUGAUACUGAGAAAAAUGAAAACGGUGCUCCUGUAGACCAUCGAAGCAUUGAAAAUACCUCUGUCGAGGAGAACUGUACAAAAGACAUUGAAGCUUCAGAUAAGUCCAUUUUGGGUGACAAUUCAGGUGGCAACUGUAAGAUAGGAGUGGAUAUAAAUACAACAUCAGCUGAUUCAGAGAAAAUUAUGCCCCUGUUCAUGUCAAAAGGCUGGAGAGAGACCCUGUGUAAAUGUGGAACAUGCACCAACUUCUAUGCACAACGAGGCAUUGCACAUCUUACUGAUAAGGAGGACUCUAUUGAGGAAUACGAGAAGAUAGCUAAGCAGAAAAGGGAGAAGAAGUUGGAACAGCAGGAAGGAGCUGAAGCUAAUUUCAUCAAUUCACUUGACCAUGUCCAGAAGAUAGAGAUUCUGAGUGGCAUCAAUGACAUGAAAAAUGAGUUUCAAUCCUUCAUGGUAAAAUUCUCUGCUUAUUUGACUAUUGCUCACUUGCCUGUAAGUUGUUGGUUAUUUCUACAUGCACUGAUACCUGUAGCUUGUGUGCCUUCAUGCUUGUGCUAUCUAUUCAUUGAAAUUAGACCAACACCUAUACUAAUACAGAGAAAGGGUUCAAUGUCAGCAUAGUUCAAAGUCCAUCAGUACUUCUAGCUUCUGAGCAAUACAACAAUAACAAUAUCUUAUAUUAGUCACAGUAAAUCUCUGAUUUUAAAUCACCACUGUCCAUUUGCUAUAUAGUAGAGUCAGUUAUUGUUAGCAACAUGAUCUAGUUACUGGUUAAUUAAAAGUAAGUGCUGCAACGAAUACCUAAUCAAAUAACCCGGCAGCAACCAUGGUGGCAUGGCUUUAUUAUCAAUACCUAAUUACAUGGCCAACAUCCAGUUUCUUUUGUUGAUUUGGUCUGAGUUGGUGAGUUCUCAUAUAGUUCUGGUUAAAUCUUAGAAGUUCUGCUCCUUGUUCUAAAUAUAGGAGAAUGGAUUAUUCAAAGAAAUUCUGAUGGUGAGAUGUGAAUCAUACACUAAGCGGUGUUAAUUAAGAUCUCAUAGCGUACAUGCCCAGGUGAAUCUAUAAAAAUACAAUUAUUUUUCCUUACCAAAUAUGCUUCAUGGCACAUGUUAUCAAAUAAAAUCAGGCCAGGCAGAACUGCUGCAUCUAUCAGAUUUUUUUCCUUCUGGAAAUGAGGGAAUUCCUCUAGCCUUUGCAUCGAUUGAUGCACUCAGCCAUCUUUAUUGCAAAGUAUUGGAACUGUACAAGUGAAAAGCAAGAAAAACAGACUCUAAAAGGCGAUAAAGACUACAGUAGAGUUUAUGCCACAGCUCAUGCAUCACAUAUACUUAGACUGCCAUCCAAAUUGGUUGAGUAGUCUUAUCUACCAUCAAGUGGCUGCACCCAGAGAACAAAGAAUCAUGCGUCUCCAGACAAUGCAGUUAGCACCAUGCAUGGAUCCAAUGUGUAGCCAUAUGAAUAACCUGCAAGGAAAUAGGCAAGUCCUUUUUGUUAAAAAUAAUAUCAUUACAACAUGCAUGAUCAAACAUGGGUGGUUUUGAACAUUGUGUUUUGGUAAGAUAGAUACUUCAUGCAUAACCGUUGGUGCUAAAUGUUGGUGCUUGGUUGGUUCUAAAUGUUGCUGGGUCCAUAGGACUGAAUGCACAGCCACAGGCCUGCAUGGUGUAGGAUCAGGGUUCUCUAGCAGGGAUGCAAGUAUCCAACAUGUUCUGCAUAACUCAUUUGCAGUCUCAGAUUUGCAUGCAUGUUUCACUAAUUUGUUAUUCUGCAUAUGAAAGUUUUUCUUGACUAUGUGUAUAAGUAUAUUUGAAUUUCUUUGAUAUGUAUAUCUGCAUUGCCAUUCAUUAUCUUAAAAAAAAUUCCAUUUCAUUGUUCAUAUCUGCCCAUGUGCUUUAUGUUCACUACAAUUCUAUUUCAACAUGAUGGCAAAAUUAACGUCUGUUUCCUUAUUUUAUUAAGUUGUAUAGUUUGUUAUGCAUAUUUAUAGUUCAUUUCUUUUGUCCAUGUACCUGAUGGGUGUUUAUUUGUGACUUUGAGCAGGAAUCCUUUGAUCCAU